AUGUGUGGAAUACUAGCGAUACUACUUGCGGAUCCUACUGCUUCGGCAAGCGUUGAAUUAUUUGAAGAUUUGCUGCUAUUGCAACACAGAGGGCAGGAUGCAGCUGGAAUUGUUACAUGCGGGCAGAAGGGACGUCUUUAUCAAUGUAAAGGAAACGGCAUGGUAAGGGAUGUCUUCAAUAAAGAACAUCUGCAAAAUCUAGUCGGAAAUCUCGGCAUUGGUCAUGUUCGUUACCCCACGGCCGGAAGCUCUUCUCAUUCUGAAGCGCAACCUUUCUAUGUGAACAGUCCUUACGGAAUAGUGUUUGCUCAUAAUGGAAACCUUAUCAACGCAACCGAAUUAAAGAAUCUCCUUGAUUAUAGGGCUCAUCGCCAUAUCAACACAGAUUCCGAUUCAGAAUUGUUAUUGAACAUAUUUGCGGAUAAUUUACAAAUGACUGAUAAAGUAAGAAUUGAUGAAGACGAUAUUUUUACCGCGAUAAGAGGCAUCUACGAACAAUGUAUAGGCGGUUACGCAUGUGUAGCAAUGAUUGCCGGAUUUGGAAUUAUCGGGUUUCGCGAUCCGUAUGGAAUUAGGCCAAUAUGUUAUGGUACACGGAGAGGUCCUGCUGGCGUUGACUACAUGUUCGCAUCCGAAAGUGUCGCAUUAGACGCUUCCGGGUUUUCCGAUGUUAAAGACAUAGGGGCCGGCGAGGCCGUCAUAAUCACAAAGACGGCAAUGACCAAACGACAGUUGUUGCAACGGGAAAAGUGUGCACCUUGUAUAUUUGAGUACGUUUAUUUUGCGCGUCCGGAUUCCGUUAUCGAUGGAAUCUCUGUCUAUCGUUCAAGAUUAGAAAUGGGUGAGCAUUUAGCCGACCAAGUUAUCAAAAAAUGUGGUGACAAUAUGGACAUUGAUGUCGUCAUUCCGGUACCGGACACGAGUCGCGUGGCGGCCCUUCAAACAUCUUACAAAUUGAAGAUUCCUUACCGCGAAGGAUUUAUCAAGAAUCGAUAUGUCGGUCGUACAUUUAUAAUGCCUGGACAAAAGAUGCGUCGAGAAAAUGUAAGAAGGAAAUUAAACGCGAUGGCUCUGGAGUUUUCCAACAAAAACGUAUUGAUAAUUGACGAUUCAAUCGUAAGGGGUACAACCUCCAAAGAAAUUAUUCAAAUGGCACGUGAUGCUGGCGCAAAGAAGGUAUACUUUGCAUCAUGUGCACCUCCGAUCAGGUUUCCCAAUGUUUACGGUAUUGACAUGCCUUCUCGAAGAGAGCUCAUAGCAUUUGAUCGUGACGAAGAUUUGAUUGCAAAAGAGCUUGGUGCUGACAUGGUGAUAUAUCAGAAUCUCGAGGACCUAAUUGCAUCAUGUCAAAAGUUCAAUCCGAAAAUUACAUUUGAUUGUUCGGUAUUUGAUGGGCAUUAUAUCACCGGUGGGGUUACCGACGAAUAUUUGAAUUGCUUAGAAAAU